AUGGAUUUAAGCAAAUUAGGAUUAACAAGAGAAGAUUAUAUAACAGCUCUAUACCUUGCUGAUAGAUUCUUCUCAAUUCGUAAUCAGAGACAGUCAAAAGAUAUGGCUGAAUGGGAUGGUGAACAGUCCGCCUAUGGAAUCAUCAUUUGCAUAUCAGCUUGUGUUCUCACAAUUAUGCUUUAUAUGAGCUUAUUUGGGGGACGAAUGGAUUACACAGCUAUAAGAUGGCAUAUGAUUAACUGUUCUGUGUGGGGACUUGUUCAUUUGGGUCAUUAUGCUUCAUUCGCAGAAAAAGCACCAUUCCCUCAGUGGAUUCAAGUUAUUGAAUGGCGACGUCAGAAAGAACGCGUCGAAUGCUUCACUCGAUCUGUCUUUCCGGCAGGAAUGUUCUUCGUCAUGAUCGAACGAAUGCUUCUCACAUGCGCCCCAAGUUUGGCUGAUAAACGCAUUUUCAAUUCAAUUUUUGCUUUCCUUCUAAUACCAUUCUUGAAUGCUGUGAUGGUUUUCUGCUUUUUCGCUCAGUACAUGGACUAUGUUUGGUAUUAUAACCCAAUCGAGAUGUUCAACAUAGUUACAUACGUACUGUUUCUUCUGCUCUUCGUUGUUUACUUCGUAUUCUGCUUGUUUGGGUCUUGUUGUUGCUGCUGUGUUCUAUUCUCCAAAAAACGUGGUCGAAAAACUCCAGCAACAUUUGUGGAUAUGUGGCUUCUGCUAAUCUAUGCUCUUAUUCCACUUGUCAUGUAUGGACCUUCAUUUGGUUUGACUACAGUAUCAUUUGUAACCAAGAAUCUCAUGACAUACAUUCUUCAAAGUGAAUUUUUCCAAAAAAUCAUGAGUGGAGGUGGAGGCGAUGAUGAUGAUAAAGGUGGCUUCUUAUCUGGAUUAAUGCCUGAUAUAAGUACACUCAUGAACAUUAUGGCUAAAGCUUUGUCGGCUUUACCCUGGUUCUUACUCGUCUUCCCAGUGGUUCAGGUCAUUCUAGCCAUUCUUUGUGUUCGAACUUAUCGUGAACAGUUUUUCUUCCUUCUUACAUGCGGCCGUUGCUAUAACCAUCGUUACAAAGAGGAUAAUGAUAGUGUUCAAAAGAAUUGGACAAUCGGAGGAGUUCAGCCAAUUCCAAUUUUUGCGUCGGCUGAUGCUGCUCCUGUCAAGAUGGAUUGUGGACCGCCUCCAGUCUAG